AACUAGAAAGAUAAAAUCGUUAUUGUCACUUUACAUGUUCAAAACCUUCGUCCAACUAUAUUUAUUAUUAUUUAUAACGGUGAACAUGUGGAAAAUUCUUAUUUGAAAUUCUGUUACAAUUGAUUCGCUAUGUGGGAACUCAUAUUAUUUAUUUUUGCACACUUCCUCAUAAUUUCGGAAGGUGGUUGGAAAAUGCAAGGUGACGGCGUAUAUUCAGUGAUCGACGUAGACAAGUGUGAUACAGAAAUAGAGGACGCAAUCAUGACGUUCGAAGUGGAGAAACAUUAUAUAAAUCACACUCAUGAAGUGUUCAACGCCAAAAUAAGCGCCACGAUGGACAUCGACAACACUUUCGGGCUCGUCAUAGAAGUGUGCAAACUGGUGGACGGCGGUUGCAAGCAUUACUUCAGCAUCAUUGACAAUAUGGAGAAUUUGCUGAACAAGUACGCGAAGAAGAAUUUGGAGGAGGCACUCAGAUGUGCCGGCCUCGACCAAAAGAAUUUACCUAUUCCUAAAGGCAACUAUGAAGUGAAAGAUUUAGUUAUGGACUACUGUCAUAUGCCCACGAGUGAUCAAUAUUACGGGUCAUACGAAGCGGAGAUAUACUUCAUGAAAGACGACAAGCGCGUCGGUUGUCUGAAGACGGCGGCCGAGUUUAAGGAGGACGACACCUGUUUUUGAAAUUUUCUAAUAAUAAUAAAGUUUUUUUUAGUUAAAUAGUUAGGUAAAGUUAGUUUUAGUGCGAAUGAUAAUAAGCAACCAAGCAAGCUUUUUUAAGCAAGCGUAGUGUGGGACGCCCUCCAGCACGAUGUACCGACGAUAUUAAGCGGCUGGCGGGAAGUGGCUGGAUGAGAAAGGCUGAGGACCGGGUGUGGUGGUGCUCUUUAGGGAAGGCCUAUGUCCAACAGUGGACGUCCACAGGCUGAUGAUGAUGAUGAGCUAUAGAUGUUCAAUUUCAUGUUCAAGUUCCGUUUGGCUAUAUUUCUAUAAGUUCUCACAUACACAUUGCUAUAGUGUGCGUGGCGCUCAGUUUCGCACGCGACGUGGUUUAAGAUACGCACACAAAUACGUCAACGCUUAUUGGUACACUCACUACUACAACCAAGGCUGAGUGGUCAUCGUGAAAUAGAACA